UCAGGGUGGAUCGGGGUGUUUUUUGUGCUGCCUCAAUGGAAUUCUUGAUUUGACAAGGAUUUCCCCGUUUAUGCGUCCGGAUUGAGUGACGUUGACACACAAGACUCAUUUAUUUCUCACUUAAUUCAUUGGCAUCGUCUGGAAUAUUUUCCCAGUUUCUAUUUUAAUGGCUGAAGGUUCCAGCCUGAUUCUUCAUUCUACAGAAUAAUCGCCGGAACGCAACGCUUUUGUGUUCAUGUAAAUGAUGCUGGCGUGCGUAAUCUACCCGGUAAACGCGCAGCGGAGAUAGCGUCGCGUCCGCUCUGGUUGAUGACUAUAGCGGAUUUUACAGAUCAGAAUAAAAGAACGCGUGAGUUCGAUUACCGGUUUGGAAUAAAAAAAACAAACAAAAAAAAAUGUCUCUCAGUAGAAAUAUCGAGCUCGAGCACUUUGACGAACGUGACAAGGCGCACCGCUCCAAACGCGCGUUGGGCGGUUCGGGAUCGCAGCAGGGUUCCCGCGCGAGCAGUCUGGUACCGAGUCCCGCGCACAGCGCCAACUGCAGCUUCUACCGGACGCGGACGCUGCAAGCGCUCAGUUCCGAGAAACGCGCGAAGAAGGUGCGCUUCUACCGGAAUGGAGACCGGUAUUUCAAGGGGCUUGUGUACGCGGUGUCAAACGACCGCUUCAGGUCACUGGAAGCGCUGCUGGCGGAGCUGACGCGCUCGCUCGCGGACAACCUGCACCUGCCGCAAGGUGUGCGCAACAUCUACAGCGUGGACGGGUCGAAGAAGAUCGCGAGCCUGGAGGAACUCGUGGAAGGUGAGAGUUACGUGUGCGCCUCUAACGAGCCCUACAGGAAAGUGGACUACACAAAGAACGUCAACCCUAACUGGGGUUCUAGGCAGGCGGGGGCGGGGCCUGUGGUCGGGGCGGGGCCUGUGGGCGGAGCCGUGCGUCAGGGGGCCCAGCACAUGAUAGGGGAAGCAAGGGAGAGUAAAGACUUUAUCAAACCCAAACUUGUGACGGUGAUCCGGAGCGGCGUGAAGCCUCGGAAGGCCGUGAGAAUUCUGCUGAAUAAGAAAACGGCGCACUCGUUCGACCAGGUGCUCGCCGACAUUACAGAGGCCAUCAAACUGGACUCGGGUGUGGUGAAGAGACUCUACACACUGGACGGUAAACAGUUAACGAGUCUGCAGGAUUUCUUUGGCGAUGAUGACGUUUUCAUUGCGUGUGGUUUGGAGAAGUUCCGUUACGCUCAGGAUGAUGCUGCCAUUGGACAUGCAGGGAAAAGCGCAGCGGCGGCGUUCGUUAAUGAGUGUAAGAAAUCCAGACCAUCAGUUCCACCCAAGCCAUCUGGACCCAGAAGUUCUGGAGUGCCGAGAUCCAAAUCGCCUGUAUCUGCCAGUGAGGCUCCACGGAGUCAGUCUCCACCAGUGAGGUCAUCGAAAUCUCCAGGCAGCCUCAGAGCUUCUGUUCAUCAGUUGUCUCCCUCUUCAUCCCCCACCAGAGGCCUUCAUGAUGAAGAAGACCUCAGUCCAGAGGUAAAUGGUAAUGAAGUUCAGUCGUCUGUCAUCACUGAGAAAUACAAAGUGGGAAAAGUCAUCGGAGACGGAAACUUCGCAGUCGUCAGAGAGUGUGUGAAGAGGUCUACAGGUCAGGAGUACGCACUGAAGAUCAUAGACAAAGCCAAAUGCAGCGGGAAGGAGCACCUGAUAGCCAAUGAGGUGGCGAUACUGCGGCGAGUGCGACACCCCAGUAUCAUUAUGCUAAUAGAGGAGCUGGACACGCCCACUGAUCUGUAUCUCGUCAUGGAGCUCGUUAAGGGUGGUGACCUGUUUGAUGCAAUCACUUCCUCUACGAAGUACACGGAGCGAGACGCCAGUGCGAUGUUGUUCAAUCUGACCGGAGCACUCCGAUAUCUGCACAGAAUGAACAUCGUACACCGAGAUAUUAAACCUGAAAACCUGCUGGUGUGUGAAUAUCCAGAUGGCACUAAGUCACUGAAGUUGGGUGAUUUUGGUCUGGCUACAGUCGUGGAGGGGCCGCUGUACACCGUCUGUGGAACGCCCACUUAUGUCGCCCCCGAGAUUAUCUCAGAAACCGGGUACGGUCUAAAGGUGGAUAUCUGGGCUACGGGCGUGAUCACAUAUAUCCUGCUGUGUGGGUUUCCUCCGUUCCGCAGCGAGAGAAAUCAGCAGGAGGAACUGUUCGAACAAAUCUUACUGGGCAGAUUGGAGUUUCCCGCUCCGUACUGGGACAAUAUCAGCGCCUCCGCUAAGGAUUUAAUUGGUAAAAUGCUGCAGGUGAAUGUUGGUGCUCGUUACACGGCUGAUGAGGUGCUGGAGCACCCGUGGGUGCAGGACGAUGCAACGAUGGACACAAACAUGGCGCGUGAGAUAGAAGAUGAAGUUGAAUCAGAAAUCACACAUGACACUGAAGCAGAGCUCCCUCAUGAUGACACCUGGCAGUAGCUGAUAAAUAUCUGGAGGUGCAACAGAAACAGCAACCCUGAACACAAAACCUCAAAACACCAACACUGAGACCAGACCAGGCCAGACCAGACCAGACACACGGAGUCCAUCAUUCUCACUGUGAAAAUCAUUUACUUUCUGAGCAUUUUUGUUUCAUUUCCAUUAAAAAAAAAAAAAUCUAAACAUUCUUAAAACAAGAUAAACUUAACAGAAAAAGAUUCAGUCUUGUUUUCAGUGAAAUCUCACUAAAUUUUGUGGGUUUAUGCUAAAAAUUGCCAUUGGGGUAAGAAAAAUACUCUUUUUUUCAAUUUGGAUUCUGUUUUUCUUUUUCACCCCACUAGCAUAUCAUUUUUUCUUGGUAUAAGCAUAAAUGUUACAAAAUUGUUCUUGGAUUUCUCUAAAAAUGAUGUCAGUUAUGUCAUUUUGCUUCUCAAGUAAAUUUAUCUUGUUUAAAGAAUGUUUUUACUGGAAAACAAGACAAAAAUAUUAAGAAAAUAGUUUUGUUUUUUGCACUGUACCCCCCUCCUGUCUGGCUCUGUUCAGAAUAGCAUACUUGCAUACUUCUCAUACUAUUUCUGCAGUAUAUAGUAUGUAUAUUGUGUGCAGUAUGUACAUUUUCUGUAUGUGUGAAUUACAUGGAUUUGUUAAAUGUGCAGUAUCCCACAAUGCAGUGCUCUCGACCUGAACUUCCAUCUCUAGUGUGAUGAAUGAUCUGGAAGUCAUUUUUGCAGUUUAUUAUUUGAUCAAAUGGGUAUUGUAAAGUUAA